ACGUGACGUUUUGAAGGAGGUCCCUGGGUUGUUUUGGAUGUGCUAAAACCAGCACGUGGAGGCACAAGUUAACUUUUCUGUAGCUUCGUAGCGUGCUUCAUGCUUUAAGCGACUUUCCCCGUCUGUGGCGUUUAAGUAGAACAAACCGACCCAGUGUUGUGAGAGAUGUCAGCGGGAGGUCAGACCACCGGGGGCCGGGAUAUCCCGGCUGUUAGACGGGUCACCAUCCACGAUGCUGCCCACAUGCCCCAGGACUACUCCACGACUCCCGGAGGGACCCUGUUCAGCACUACUCCAGGAGGUACCAGAAUAAUCUACGACAGGAAGUUCCUCCUGCAGUGUCGGACAUCUCCUCUCGCUCGUACGCCUCCCAAUCUGCCUGACAUCCCAGGGGUCACCAAGCUGCUCAAACCCAACUUCUCCAAUGACACAAACCAGCCUGAACAGACACCCAACAAUAACACAGAGCACGCCCUGCAUACAGAGGAGAGCGCAGAUGCCCAGUUUGAAAUGGACAUCUGAAGGGAGUCAGCUGCAAGGACAGAAGUGAUUGCCCACAUUUUCAUUGCUUUUUUUGGUUUACUGAGGUAAAAUAAACUCUCAGUUGAAACGACAAACCAAGUCUUACUUAGCUGUGUGAUCUACUUUCAGAUGUGUUCUGAAAACAAGAUGCCAUUUUUUUUUGUAAUGUUUAAUAUGUUUUGCGUUGUUGUUCUCUUAUCAAACAACACACACUGAUGCAUAUAAUUGUUUCUUUACUUUGAAUACACUUUGUAUGCGCUGUGACAUAUUACACAUGUAUGUCGAAGUCUUGUUAAAAUUAAAACAUUAAUGUUUUA